CAACAAUUACAUAAAUCAGUUGAAUAAAAGAGUUUCGUGUGCAAUCUUUAGUAUUCUACCCACGUCUGCCGCACUCUUCCCACCUAAGCCACGGCUUUAAAGAUUUUCCGCGGGGUUGCCACCGGUAACAUUGUGCCUGUGUCAUGGAGAGGAGGUGGCGACAUCUUUUUCUGACCGUUUUCGUUUUCCAUGAGACGCUGGGAUUUGGCAUCAGAAAUGAACACCUGGGAAAGUGUUUGCAGCUGCAAGUUUCCUGGUCCAGGGGAGUGACACUCAAAGAAUGUAGCCCUGGUUCAGCACUUCAGGAGUGGCACUGGGACCCUGAAACCCUGGUUUUGCGCAGUCUGCAGACAGGAGAGUGCCUGAGCACGUCAGAAGCACCGGGGCACGUGAGCAUCCACUUGAAGAAUUGUGGAACAAACAGUGAGGAGAGGGAAGGACAGGUCUGGACCUGCUCCAAGAAGGGUCACCUCACUCUGCAAAGGAGCCGGUUGCACCUCAGCGCACAACACGACAAAGUCUUCCUCACCAAGGAGCGUGGCAAAGGAAGCAAAUGGAGGACAAUGAGCAAUCGUACUAUCUGCAGUGAACACCAAUGGAAUGGACAUGAUAUACGCGUAACACAGAAAAUUCUUCCUUUCGAGUUCUCAUCUUCGACUAGCAGCAUUAAUACUUUCCUGCAGCAGAACUCAGUGGAAGAUGGACUGGCUUUCCCAAAACCCACUAAGAUGGACUUGGACCACAUCAGUCAUUCUCCCAGAAACUCAGGACCUGAAGAUUCUUCAAGGCCCUUCCUUAGUCAGGAGUAUGGGCUGACCUGGAAAGUGACCAUGCUGGUCCUCAGCUCACUGGCUUUGGUUCUUGGGGUGAUUAUUCUUCUUCUGAACAUCCAUUACAACAGGAAGAGGAAGAUACUUUGCGUACUCAGGUCUGUCACUCCGAAUGAGACGGGGCCUCAGCAGGGCUCCCCAGUGCCCAAUGAGAGGGCUCCCCUCACCCAGCAUCCCAUGCGACCUGGACACUCCUCUUCCCUACAGCGGGGUGAGAUCCUGAUUGAGUGGAAGGACGGGAGCAUCACUCCACUUUUUGAAAACAGUACUUACAUGACUGAAUGAUUGUAAAAGUGUCCCAGCAGCCAAUUUGUUACCUUAAGCUAUUUAAUUACAUAUUUAGGGUAGUUUCUGUAAUCUUUACAAACGUUUUUCUUAGUACCAAGGAGCAUAUUUGUUACAGUUUUUGGAGGGAAUUUAAUCUAUAUAUAACAGUGAAACGAUGCCCCAGUAUCUAUUAAAGUGCAAUGUUUAUGUAGAAGAAAUAGUAACUGUUCCAUCCUACAUUCUGGUUGUUUUGUAACGCUGUAUUAGAGAGGGUUAUUAAAAUUUAUGUAAAUGUACAUAAAUAGAUGUAACAAAUGUGUAAAGUAGGCCAGUUGCUCCUAUUUCAACACCUUGAAAAAUCAACUUAAAUAGUGAUUGUGACUCAAAAAUGACAUGUAUUUUCAUUUAAAGGGCAACUCUUUACAAAAGGAAAUUAAUUUUUCACUACUUAAAAAUAUAGUGUUUUAAACAGCUGCUUUAAAAAAAAAAAAGUGUCACAUACAUUUUAAAAGUGUAAGGCAUCUAUUUCAAUCUCAAAAACAACAGUAUUAAUCUUUAAAAUUUUAAAUAACAUAGUCUCUAUUGCAAUGCAAUUUAGUCAUAUUUAUCUAUGUUAGAUAUACUGAAAAAUAUUUGUGACCUUUAUUAAGAUUUUUGUAGUUAUAUUAUAGCAGUGAUCUUCUUUUCAAAAUAUGAUGAUUUGUAUUAUCAUCAUGGUAGUUAACAGGCAAACUAACAUUAGAGAGGCAUUUUUAAUUGUUAUUACAACAAUAAUAAUAAUAAUAAUAAUUAUUAUUAUUAUUAUUAUUAUACACUGGUGCUACUAGUGCAAUUAUGAUUAUAAUAAGAUGAGAAUAGGCGAGGGGAUUAUUGACUUACCAUUAAUGUAUUAUGGUUUAUUAUGAGUUAAUUGCAGUUUACAAUGGUAUUGUAUUGCAUAAUACUUCAUCACUAACACUGUGUAUGGACCUUCAUUUUCCAAAAUAAGUUACUCCACAGAAAUAAAUGGCUAUUAGGUUGUUUUUAAGAAUGCACACAUUUUAGUGAAACCAAUUCUAUUGUUUGGGAUAUUUAACAAGUAAAUUCUUAAUAAAUACACCAUUAUUUAUUAUUAAUAAACACUUUUAGCAACCAGGUAUGUGGAAAUAUAGUACAUAUUAAUCAUUUAGAAUUUUUAAUCCUUAUUUUAAUUAAAAGUAUGAGGACAAAGUAAACAGAUUUAAAUUGAUAUGCAGUGAGACAGCAGGUGUGAACAAAACAAUAAAGGAAUUUAUGAUGGACUGAUGCAGUUUAUAAAAACAGGUAAUCUUAAAUUCAAAUUUCAAGCUAAAUAUUCCAGAAAUACAACAAACGUAAUCAGUUUAAAGUAUCAUUUUUUGAAUAUUCUUAUGAAGUGGUACAGUAUAAACAAUACAAGUUCACUCUAUGCGUCUCAUUUAUGUUUUGAAAAAAACAUCAGGUGGUACGGUUACAAAGCCAAUGGUUGAAAAUCCUUUUAUGCCUCUCAGUGUUAUAGUCUGUUCUAAUGAAUGUUGUGUCGCUGCAAUAACAAAACCUACUCCUCAGGAUAUGUUCCUAGAAUUCUUAUUAAGUAAAUAAUACCAGAGCAUUUGUGUUUACUCUUUUUUUUCUGAAGCUACAAUAAAGGGUGUGUCAUCAUGCAA